GACCUAUUCACACGUGUAUCAGUCACACCUCUGUCCUAUACCGGAAAAUCCAUUGGAUUCUGAAACAAAAGUAGGUGCCUGAUCUUUCAGAAGUCUCUUAAAUAGCAGAAACUGGAGAUGUGAAAAAGAUGAGCAACCUUGCAAUGCGCAGCCCAAUGUACUUUACUAGAGCCAAAGAAGAGGAAAGGCUCUGGAUAGAGGAAAAGAGAAGAGACACCCAAGGACUUAGUGGGAAGGAGGCUAAAGACUUUUACCAAAGCCUGCUACAGGAGAGUGAUGCAGAAAAUCCAAGAGAGCGACGAGCGGUGAAAACAGGGAGGGUGAAAAGAGCAGCAGGACAAAAUCGAAGAAGAGGAGAGGGGCGAAGGUUAGAAGCUACUCAUGUCCAAACAGUUGGUACCUUACAGCGUGAUGGGCACAAACUUCUGCGAUUUGCCCAGGAAGGCAAUACACAGGGCCUAAAGGACCUUCUGAGACAUGGCUGUGAUGUAAACUUCCGUGAUGAUUUUUACUGGACAGCUGUGAUGUGUGCUAGUCAGGCUGGAAAGACAGAAGCUGUUCGGCUGCUUCUGCAACAUGGAGCUGCAUGGAUUGGUGUUGUGGACAAACUGGGCAGAGAUGCACGGGAUUUGGCCAUGCAGGCAGGUCACCAUGAUGUAGUGAGAGAACUGGAGCAUUUUGGUGUGUCAGAGAGUACUCCCACUGCAAACGAUGCAAACAGUGGUCGUUCUCUGUGGUGUAGUGUGUGCGCUGUACAUUACACAGACAGCACUCAAACACACAACAAGUCCACGCUGCAUCAAUUCAGUGAGCUUCGCCCUCCACCCACCCCUCAAUACUGCCUGCCCUCCUCUAGCAACAGCUAUAAAAUGAUGCUCCGCUUGGGGUGGGAUCCCUCCUCUGGCCUUGGACCUGCCCAUAGUGGCCGGAAAAAUCCAAUCAGCACGGUACUUAAGAGGGAUCAGAAAGGACUUGGAUUUGGAAUGACUCCACAGCCUAAAGUGACUCAUUUCCGGGAAAAAGAUUCUCAGGCAGUGCAACAGCCUAAAGAGAGAAGCGUAAGACUGGAGAGAGGAUCAAAGCUCAACAAAAAAGAACUUAAAAUGAAAGAUGAGAGAGACAAGCGGUGGGAAAGGGACUAUCGCUCGUCAUUUAAUAUUGACCUCUGACUUGUUUUUUUUGACCUCUGACCUAAUGUGCUUUAUGAUAAACUUUUGAUUGCAUAGUGAGAAAACUAGUUUGUCUGACAGCAACAGAGUUUAUUGAGCCGUGUUAACUGAACUAUGAGAAAUUGAAAAAUAUUUUGAAAAAUGGUUUGUUUUAGGUUUGGCAAUAACUGAAUUAACUAAUUACUCGCCCGUCCUAUGCCAAGACAAACGACAGUGGAUUCUGAUUUUUACAAACGAUUUCUAUUUCUGUGAUGUCAUUGCUGACAACUGAUUGAGAUCUCAUUCAAUUUAAGUUUUGCGCAUUAUGAAUAUGAAUCAUCCAACAUGGACGAGGAGAGGCUGAUUGUACAUUUAAAAGCAAAAACGCAUAACAAAUCCCCCAAGUUUCACUAAAGGAAAGCCAUAUAAAUUGGAGGGAUGCAUCUUCUCUCUGUGUGUGUGUGUGCUGGAGAUGCUCUACGCCCCUUUUUGCGUUCAAUAUGGACUGCCAAAUUGCCUAUCCCUGAAAUAUUACUGUGUCACUUCUAGUUAGGACAAGAUGCAGCAUUCUCAAUAAGUAGACUUGUUGAAACAAGAUGAACUACAUGAUGGUGAGUUCAAAUCAACUCCAGAGAGUUUACAUGUAUAUUAAACUACUUUACUGAACUACUUGACUUAAUGUUAACUUAAAAUUUCACACUUUUGUUUUAAACAUAUAUAAAAUGUAUAAUAAAAUACUUUUGUUUGUUUUGGAUGACUUA